GGCGGAGCGGAAGGGACUCUGCGGGAUUUUGAGCGCUGAUCUGUGAUCGCGCGUCUGCUGCUGGAAACACCGGAGUACCGGCCACCGGCCACCACUCACCGGGAGUUGGCGGAGAGAAGUGCAGGAUGGUGGACAACAACAAAACACAGAUGGAGGGUCUUUCUUCGGGCCUGAAGCUGGAGGCGAUGUUGGAGCAUCUCCAUCAGCAGCAGCAGGAGCGUCUGCAUAGUGAACAGCAGCAGCGGCGGCUCCGCGAGGCUCACUUCUUCUACACGCAGCAGCUCGCGGCUCAGCAGGCAAUACUAGCGGCCGCCCGCGCCUCUGGAGCCGCACUCAUCAACACACACGCCUCGCUGCUCUCCAGCAGCAGUGUGGACUCUGAGCAUGAGGAUGAGGAGGAGCGGGGCCGAGACUCCGCCGAGGAUGAAGAUGAAGACGAUGAAAGUGAGGAAGACGAGCUUGACUUUCUCCGUAAGCAGAGUCUGGCGCUCCAGCAGAGAGAUACAGCUGUUUCUGGCAGCCGGUCAGUCCCUGGAGCCCCUGGAGCCACAGUCAGGGUUAAAGAGGAGCCCGAGGAGGAGCCGAGCCCUGCUGACCGGCCCUCAGAAACAUCUCCAAACGGCCCUGCAGACUGGAGCUACGAGGAGCCCUUUAAAGCGAACGGUUCUGUGUCCUGGUCAGAUGAUGCAGACGCCGCUCGCAGCAGAGGUGAAGCUUCCAGAGAUUUUGCCAAGUUAUACGAGCUGGACAGCGACCCGCAGAGGAAGGAGUUUCUGGAUGAUCUUUUCACCUUCAUGCAGAAACGAGGGACGCCGGUGAACCGGAUCCCCAUCAUGGCGAAGCAGGUUCUGGAUCUCUACAGGCUCUACAGGCUGGUGACGGAGAAGGGAGGCCUGGUGGAGGUCAUUAACAAGAAGAUCUGGAGGGAGAUCACUAAAGGCCUUAACCUGCCCACCUCCAUCACCAGUGCUGCGUUCACCCUGCGCACACAGUAUAUGAAGUAUCUGUACCCGUACGAGUGUGAGCGGAAAGCCUUGAGUUCCCCCAAUGAGCUUCAGGCUGCCAUCGAUAGUAACCGGCGUGAGGGGCGUCGGCCGAGUUACAGCAACACCCUGUUCCACAUUAGCCCCUCCCAUGGCUCCACCCCUCACCUACUGACUCCGCCCACAAUGCAGCUGUCGGCUCUGAGUUCCCUGAACGGGUUUCAGCCGACUGCAGCGGCUCUGAAGAAGAGACUGGAAGACAUGUCUCCGUCUGUGUUUGCGGGCCGCUCUCUGCCGUUGACCCCUCAGCAGGCGAUGUGUUUUGCGCGCGCGGCAACUCUGGAGCAGCUGAGGGAGAAACUGGAGACUGAAGCUCCGGAGAGGAAACUGCUGCGUCUGUCAGAGGAACAGCAGAGAGUCCUGCAGCUCAGCACACACACCAACAACAACACCAACACCGCCAUCAACACUGCUGCUGCCAGAGAUGAGAGGCAGGAUCUGUCCCUUAGCAUUUCCUCCAGUGGAUCGGCUAGCAUCAGUGUGUCAGUGGAGGUCAACGGCAUCCUUUACUCAGGGAAUCUGUUCGCCCAGAAGUCUGUGUCUGCGGCUCCUGUGGGACCCAGUGGCCUGUUCACCUUCUCUAGCUCCGCCCCCAGCCAAAGCCCCGCCUCCUGCUCUUCAAAGGGGCGGAGCUCGGUGGAGGCGUCCACCAGCGGCUCCCCAUAGCAGAGCACAGAUCAUACUGAGCACAACCAGUACCUCAAUCCUCCAGUCCACACCGGCUGAACACACACACACACACACACACACUUACACACACACAGCUGACCUCAUUCAUCAACCAUAAGAGGAUCACCAAAAAACACUCGCAUAUAAUCAGAUGGAGCUAAGAACUCACUAAUAAUUCAUGCAAAAAACACCAUGCUCACGUGUGUAGACAAAUUCAAUGCAUGAAAACAAACUCACAUGCACACAAUAUUAAUAUAUAUUCAGGAAAACAAUUCACGUUCACAAAAUAUGUAUAUUUAGCUUAACCGUUUUCACAAAUUUAAGUGGAUUGAACACACAAGACAUUAAAACUUGUGUAUAUAUACAGUAUAUAUAUUCACAAAAGAGUCACAUGCAUAAAAUAUUGAUAUAUAUUCACAAAAACAAUUAACAUGCACAAAAUAAUAAUACAUAUUCAUAAAAUAUAUAAAUAUAUGUUAAAUAUACGUGCAUAAAAUACAAUUUACAAAUGUAAAACAGCAUUUACUAAUGCAUAACAGUGUAAAAAAAGAUUUAAAUGUUUGAAAUUAUGAGUUGAUUGUGAAUAUGCAAAUUAUCUUACGCAUGGUAUUCAUACCCUUUAGCCAAUCAGACGCGAGCUUACUGUUCAUCAAAUCAUAACCCACCCCCAGAAGCGCAUAUAAGGCUUCAUUUCGAUGCACAUUUUGUACACUGUUCUACAUUUGUACAUGGUGUAUUUUAUGCAUAUGUUUACGUACUUUAUGCAUGUGUAUUUUUACUUUGUGCACAUUAAUUGGUCAUACACUGGCCACUUUAUUAGGUACACCUGUCCAACUGCUUGUUAACGCAAAUUUCAAAUCAGCCAAUCACAUGGCAGCAGCUCAAUGCAUUUUGGCAUGUAGACAUGGUCAAGAGGAUCUGCUGCAGUUUAAAGCGAGCAUCAGAAUGGGGAAGAAAGGGGAUUUAAGUCAGUGUUUCUCAACCAAGUUCCUGGAGGACCACCAGCAUUGCAUGUUUUGGAUGUCUCCUUUGUCUGUCACACCCAUUACAGGUCUUUCAGUCUCUGCUAAUGAUCUGAUGAUCUGAAUCAGGCGUGUUUGGUUAAGGAGACAUGGCAAAUGUGCAGUGCUGGUGGUCUAACAGGAACAUGGUUGAGAAACGCUGAUUUAGGUAACUUCAAACGUGGCAUGGUUGUUGGUGCCAGAAAAAAAAUCUCUGAGGAUUAUUUCCAGUACUUUGUUGAAUCUAUUUCACGAAGCAUUAAGGCAGUUCUGAAGGCAAAAGAUGGUCCAACCUGGUACUAGUAAGGUGUACCUAAUAAAGUGG